AUGGCAAAGGCACCUAAAAAGCCGGCUGCUUCAGCUGUGGUAGAUCGAAAUAACCCAAAGCUUUCUUUGUGGAAUUUCUGGGUCAGUUGUACGCUACUGAAGCUACUUUUGAUUCCAGGUUAUUUUAGUACAGAUUUUGAUGUUCACCGCAAUUGGCUGGCAAUCACCAACAAGCUUCCACUAAAAGAAUGGUACUUCGAGUCUACAAGCCAAUGGACACUGGAUUACCCACCUUUCUUCGCAUAUUUCGAAUGGAUUUUGUCGCAAUUUGUUUCCAAAGCAGUAAGAGAGGAUGGAUGUCUAGAUAUUGUGGCCGUCGGAAAGUUUGGCUUUCCAACUGUUCUAUUUCAGAGACUUACAGUCAUUGCCAGUGAAGUGAUGCUAUUUGUGGUGCUGCAAAUAUACAUAAAUAAAAGUCAAAUGGCCGAGCGUUCAGCAAAUUUCGUGGUGGCCAGCAGUAUUGUCCUAUCACCCGGAUUUCUGAUGAUCGAUCACAUCCACUUCCAAUACAAUGGAUUUCUGUUUGCCAUUCUUAUUGCUUCAAUCCUCGCUGCUAAACAUCAAAGAUACCUGCUAUGUGGCUUUUUCUUCACAACUGCCUUGUGCUUCAAGCACAUUUUCUUGUACUUAGCGCCAAGUUUCUUCGUGUUCCUUUUGAGAGUGUACGUGCUGGAUUUCUCCAAUUUCCAAUUUAAAAGCUACAAUGACCUUAUUUCGAUCGUUCAGUGGAAAAAUCUAUUCAAGUUGGGGAGCGUUGUGCUAUCUGUGUUAGCUGUCUGUUUUGCUCCGUUCGUUAGAGAUUGGUCUCAAGUAUUAAAAAGGCUUUUUCCUUUUUCCAGAGGCCUAACUCAUGCAUACUGGGCCCCCAAUUUUUGGGCUUUAUAUUCUUUGCUUGACAAAGUUUUAACUUUGAUCAUUCUGAAAGUUCCUUGCGUCCAUGGUUUUCUGACUCAGUUUAUCGCACCUCCUUUGAUUCCUGCGACUAUUGAGGAGAUAAACUGGAAAAUUCAGCAAUACAAUGUCGGCACGAAAGGUUUGGUUCAGGACGUUUACUUCGUGAUUCUACCUCAGAUUCAACCUAAGCUGACAUUCUUUCUUACGCUCUUUUACCAAAUUCUAGCGGUCAUACCAGUAUUGUUUAGUCCAUCUUUCAAGAGGUUUGUUGGAUCACUCACACUUUGCGGAUUUGCCUCUUUCCUGUUCGGCUGGCAUGUUCAUGAAAAGGCUAUUAUGUUGGUCAUCAUUCCUUUUUCCUUUCUGGUCACAUCAGAUAGAAGGCUUCUCACGCCAUUUCAUUUACUAGUCUCUGCUGGUUACGUUUCGCUCUUUCCUCUAUUACAUGAGUCUCAAGACUUUUUACUCAAAUUACUUUACACUUUGGUCUGGAUGAUCAUUUAUUCUUUUGCACUUAGACAAGUCACCAAGAUGUCUUCCAGUGUUCAACGACGGGUCUUCUUCUUUGAUAGAUUUGCAUUGUUUUACAUUGUAAUGCUUGUGCCAAUGGUAUUUGGAGUCCAAUUGUUAGAGGCCUUAAAAUGGAGAUACGCAGUUCUACAGAAAUUUGAGUUCGCAGGCCUAAUGAUAUAUAGUAUUUACUGCUCGAUAGGAGUUUUGAGCUCUUGGGUGGGGUUGUCCUGGUUGUACAAUUUCGAUGAGCCGCUUUGGAUGUGA